GGAGGUCACAUUCAGCUCCGUUUUAUGAAAUGCUUUUCUCCAAAUCUACUGAGCAGUUAUGAGUUCAUUUUAAAGGAGUUUGCCUGGAGAAUUUUUGAGAGGUCAGGCAUGGGUGUCGGGGUUCAGACUCCAAGGUUCUCAGGAGGACUUGACACUGGAGAACUAGAAAAGACUGAAACUCACCCCAAUCCAGGACAAGGCACAAUGUCCACUACGAAAUCUCCGGCUCGGAGGAGGAGAUCCAGAUCCAGGAAAAGAGGAGCGGUUGUGGUGUCCAACCUCAUCCUGAACGCUGUCUCGUACGGAGGCCAGUCGGGCGUGACGCUGUUGGGCCUGAAGAGGGUCCUGAAAGCCAAUGGCUACGACGUUCCCAGGAACCGAACCAGGAUUCGCUUAGCUCUCCGUAGACUGGUGGCCAGGAAGUACAUCGUCCGCACCACGCGAGGAGGUCGUGGUGCCUUCAGGCUCAACGUGUACCGGCGAGGUGGCCGCUACAGAAUGAGACGGAGAAGGAGGAGGAGAUAUGGAAGGCGCAGGAGGAGAAGAAGGGGGCGCAGAAGGAGGAGGAGGAGAAGGACGCGGAGGAGAAGGUACAGGAGGAGCCGCUACAGGAGGAGACGCAGGAGGUCCACUCCUGGGAGGAGGAGAAGGAGGAGGAGAAGAUCUGUCAGGAGAAGGCGGAGAUCUGUCAGGAGGAGAAGGAGAAGAAGGUACCCCAGGCGUCGCCGCAGGCUGAGGAGGGUCAGACGCAGGAGGGGCAGGUCCACCCGCAGGAGGAGGAGGAGAAGGAGGAGGAGGAGGAGGCUGAGCAGGCUCUGAAGACUUCCCUGUGUUUCCUCAUAUAUUUACUCAGUUUGCUUUUCUAUAAACCUGUACUGCUAUCAUGUUUGCUAGCACCUGUACUGCUAUCAUGUAUGCUAGCACCUGUACUAUCAUGUAUGCUAGCACCUGUACCGCUAUCAUGUAUGCUAGCACCUGUACCGCUAUCAUGUAUGCUAGCACCUGUACCGCUAUCAUGUAUGCUAGCACCUGUAUUAUUAUCAUAUUCCCUACAAACUAAU